AUGACGGUCGUAACUAAGAUAGCGCGCAUUGUAUCUCCGGUAGACGGAAGUGUAUAUGCCACCCGGGACUACAGUAGUACCACUGAGAUCGACGAUGCUGUUGACAAUGCUAGUGAUGCGUUCAAGGAGUGGAAGAAAACGUCUAUCGAGGAGAGAGUUUCGAUCGUAGAGAA